UUCAUGACGAAGACGACCUAGCUACACAUAUAUAUACAUAUGUUCAUGAGCUCUCUCUUCUGCGAUAAUUAAAUUAAAAUGGUCUGGUCCAUGCUCAAAUCACCCUUCACAACUGCAGGUAGACGCGAAAAGAAACGUGUGGAUUACUUCGUUCACAAGCUAAGCGUCAAUGAAGAGUAUCUUAAAGUCCACAGAACAAAAUCUUACGUAGAGAUAUUGAACAAAGUUCAGGAUCAGCUCGCCGCCGGAAGAACCACCCUCGAUCGAUUAGCCUCUUCUUCUUCUUCCCUCCCUUUGCGCCUUCAUCUCUCCGACUUCGUGCUCGAACCCAGCCAAGAAACGCUAAUGGCCAUGAUCGAGUCCUCCAAUCUCCCCAGCCUCAUCGCCGAAUACUUCGACGCCAGCUUCCAAGCCUGCAACACAUGCGAGUUACUCCUCCGCAGCGUCCUCCAAGCCCGGGCCAAUUACCGAAUCAUCAAAACGGUAACCAAAAUGAUCCGCCAUGACAAACCCUUCACAGAUUCUCAAUCCCGCGCUGUUUUUGAGGAGCUCGCCUCAUUUGCGACCCUCAAGAAUCCGUUGCUAAUAAUCAGCCCCGACCAGUUCAGCAAUCUCCGCGAACGCCACGGCCAUUUGCUCCAGAGAUUGACGAAGAAGUUUCAGAAGGCUAGAAGGAGAGCAAAGGUAAUUAGACACUGCAAAAAGAUGGCAGGAUUCAGCCUUGUGGUUUCCUACGCUGCACUUGUGAUCGCAUUGCUAGGCCUUGCGGUUCACAGCGUGGUCGGCGUCGCAGCGGCUCCGGGGCUUCUUAUUUCUUGCUGUUGUUUGGGGUUGGUGAGGAAGAAGAGCAAGAUGGUGAGGAAAGCGUUAAGGACAAGCUUGCUGGAGAGGGUCGGGGCGCAGCUUGAGGUUGCGGCGAAGGGGGUUUUCAUUCUGAUCAACGAUUUCGACACGAUGAGUCGGCUUGUGAGGAGGCUGCAGGAUGAGAUGGAACACAGCAAGGCCAUAGCAGAGAUGUGUGUGAGGCAUGGGAAGGGUGAGGUGCUGAUGGAGGUGAUCAGGGAAUUCAGCGUGCAUCAAACAGGGUUUUUGGAGCAGCUAGAAGAGCUUGAGGAGCAUAUCUAUUUGUGUUUCCUCACCAUAAAUAGAUCCAGAGCUCUUGUUUUGCAAGAGAUUGUGAUGCUUCAACAGGGACAUCGAUGAUGAGAAACCAUGCAUUCAUUUUGUUUUUGUAUAUUUGUUUGAUUUUUUUUUUCUUUACUGAAAAAUAUUAAUUUGUUCGAUGUUAUACAAAGAGGUCUGUUUAGUUUAGCUUCUUUUACUGCUUAUAUAUUUGAUAGAGUUUUUAGUUCUUUUUGUU